CAAGAUAUGUUGAUAGUCCGAUAAAUUUUAGCUAUAAAAGUCAAAUCUUAUAAUAUUGUAAUGUCAGUUCCUUCCUAAAAACCGACUAUAGGAAGGUGUGUUAUUUUUCAAUCGUAAGAAAUAAAACUGUUGGAAUGAGAGAUUUAUUAUUACUGGUCAUUGCCGUUUUGGCAGUGACGGAGAACGCUUUUGCCGAAAUACAUGAAAUUCCAACAAAAUGUCCAGAAUCUUCAGGAAAAACCGUACAGCUCGCUCACAAACACGAUUGUACCAAGUUUUACGAAUGUUCCAAUGGGCAGAAACAACUCUCGAAUUGCCCAGAAUUUGCCCCCGGACAGAAGCUACAUUUCGAUCCUGAACUUCAAAAUUGUACUUUGCCAUGGGAGGCAAAUUGCGCGUCAAGAGCCCCGGAUUGUUCAAAGGACGAAUUCAUACAACCUCAUCCCACCAACUGUAGUCUAUAUUACAAAUGCGAGAACGGGGAAAAAGUCUUAAAAACGUGUGACGAGGAACAGCUGUUUUGUUCCGACUCUCUAGAAUGUGUACACAAAGAUGCCGCCAAGUGUAAAGUUUACGAUUCAUGUCCAACAGGUAAAUUGUUGGAGCCUGUAUUUCUUCCGCACUAUCGCCAAUCGCUCUAUUACGAAUGUGUCGAUGGACAAUACGCUGUAAGACAGUGCCCAUCGGGUCAUGUAUUCGACGAUGAACGUAGACAAUGUGUGUCUAAUGUCCACUGUCCUGCAACCGGUACUAAGAGAAUUUCUCAUGAGACGGAUUGCGGUUUGUAUUACGAAUGCGUGAAUGGUGUUAAGGUACAGAAAGUUUGCGAAGAUGGAUUGUCUUUCGAUGAAGCCAAGGGUAUAUGUACCUGGCCUCCGAGAUACAAGUGUUCAUCGAACUUCAAUCAAACCGACCUGGCCACAUACUUCCUACCUUAUGCAGUGGAAGAAAGAAAUGUUCUAGAUUGUCCACCAGAAGGAUAUACAUUCAUACCACACGAAUGCUCUUGUGCUAAGUAUUACUCUUGCGAAGACGGAAAGAAGUUUAUAGAAGAAUGCCCUGAAGGCAUGAUGUAUGAUUAUAUUAGAAAAGUUUGCGAUUUACCGCAUGCCGCCAUAUGUAAAAACCAAAAGUAUACUGACGACAGUUACCUAGAUUCAAAUUGUUUUAAUUCAACUGACUGUCCAUCCUAUAGCCAUGAUCGCUUCCCUCAUAAGGAGUGUAGGUUUUAUUACGAGUGCUAUGAGGGUCACAAAUGCCUUCGGAGGUGUUCUGAAGGACAUGUCUUCAAUCCAACUCUUAAAACGUGUGAUCUACCUAAGAAUGUUCCCGGCUGCGGCGGAGGUGGCAGUGACGAACCUGAUGAUACAACACCUAAUAAUACAGACUAUGAAUGUACUUUGUGUAAUUGUCGUAAUUGUAUUGUUCGUUUAGCAUAUCCGCAAAACUGUAAUCUGUAUUAUCAAUGUGAAAAUGGACAGAAAGUGAUCAGGCAAUGUCCUCGAAAUCUAGUGUUCGAUCGUAUAAAUCAGAUUUGUGACUAUCAAGAAAAUGUACAUUGCAUACCCUCAACUACGAGCACGACCACGACCACGACCACGACCACGACCACGACCACGACCACAACUACGGUCCGGCCCUAUUGCAUUGAAGGAGAGCGAAGGUAUCACGAAUGUCAAUGCAAUGAAUAUUACGAAUGUCACGGCGGACGAUACGAAUGGUUCAGGUGCCGCUCAGGCCAAAAGUUUGAUUGGAAACUGUUAGAAUGUCUGGCAGAAGACAAAGCUGUCUGUUACCCCGAUAGAAAUAACAAUUGCGAAGGCACCUGUUCGUCAGGCACUAGCCGGUUGCCCCACAAGGAGUGCAACCGGUAUUGUACUUGCUACCAGGGAACCGCCACAGUAGAAACCUGUCCCCGCCAUAUGUAUUACGAUCGUCACACACAAAACUGCCAGUGGCCAGAAGACAUAAGUUACUGGCCGACGCAGUGUAAUCCUUUCGACUGUGGUUUCGGUUACGAGAAAGUUCCUCAUGAAUGUCACUGUGACCAAUAUUAUACAUGUUCAGGGAAUUGGAAAGAAAUUGGAUGGUGUAGUAACGGACAAUACUUUGACUAUAGAGAAGAAAGAUGCGUCGAUAAUAGAUAUGCUCACUGUUAUGUGAGCCCAUCAUGUGUUGAAAUUAAGAAAUGCGGAAUGUGUGAGGCCACAAGACACAACACAAGUAGUUACGCAGAUGAUUGUCAAAAAUAUUGUAGAUGCAGCGGUAGGAACGUGUUUAUCGAGCGAUGUGCCAGCGGUCUGUACUACCAUAAUGUCACAGGAGAAUGUGACUGGCCCGAAAACGUAGAUUUAAAAUCGCACUCAUGCCCGCUCAUAACUGACUGUACCAGAACUUCUAAGUUUAUACCGCAUAAUUGUCAAUGUAAACUUUACUAUACAUGCGAAAACGGAAACAAAUAUCUCUCAGAAUGCCCUGGUGCAUCAUCUUUUGAUUAUGUACUCGCGACCUGUGUGGAUAAAGAGGCCCAUUGUUACCAUGAAUAUUCGUCAGAUAGAGUAGUCGAUCGCUGUAUAGGGCACUGUCCGGAGCAGACGUCUUCUAGUCCGAUUAUCCGUUUGCAACACCAAGAUUGCAACAAAUACUGCAUAUGUUCAAUGGGGGCUCCUUAUGUCGUCAAUUGCCCUGGAUGUAGUCGGUAUGAUAGUCAACGUCAGACCUGUGUACCUUCAGAUGUUUGCAAUUGCGACUUACGAGCAAGCAAAACUUUGUGGUCGGAUAUACCAUUUGUGAAUAAUUUUCUUUUGUUAUAUCUGUUGUUCAUUGCUGUCACUAUAGCGACGGCGGACGAAAAAUGCCCUGAAGUAAUAUCUCAUGACUGUAUUCCAAUGCAGCAAUGCGUUGGUAAAGGAAACAAGACGUAUACGCAUCAUAUUCCUUAUCCCGACGACUGUCAUAAAUAUUAUAAAUGCUUAAGAGGUCUUGCAUGCCUACUAUGCUGUCCAAGGUUUGGCAGUGGACAAAAUCGGCUGGUCUUCAAUCCAGAAGAGCAGGUCUGUGACUGGCCAUUUAAAAUACCAAAACCAGAAGCAAAAUGCUAUGACAUUUUCCCACCAACUACUCCACCGGAACCGACCACGCAGCCAACUACUCCACCGCAACCGACCACGCCGCCAACUACUUCACCGCAACCGACCACGCCGCCAACUACUCCACCACAACCAACCACCCCGCCAACUACUCCACCGGAACCGACCACCCCGCCAACUACUCCACCGGAACCCACCACCCCGCCAACUACUCCACCGGAACCGACCACCCCGCCAACUAUUCCAUCGGGACCGACCACCCCGCCAACUACUCCACCGGAACCGACCACCCCGCCAACUACUCCACCGGAACCGACCACGCAGCCAACUACUCCACCGGAACCGACCACGCAGCCAACUACUCCACCGCAACCGACCACCCCGCCAACUACUUCACCGGAACCGACUACGCAGCCAACUACUCCACCGGAACCGACCACGCAGCCAACUACUCCACCGCAACCGACCACCCCGCCAACUACUUCACCAGAACCGACCACGCAGCCAACUACUCCACCGGAACCGACCACGCAGCCAACUACUCCACCGCAACCGACCACCCCGCCAACUACUUCACCGGAACCGACCACGCAGCCAACUACUCCACCGGAACCGACCACGCAGCCAACUACUCCACCGCAACCGACCACCCCGCCAACUACUUCACCGGAACCGACCACGCAGCCAACUACUCCACCGCAACCGAUCACCCCGCCAACUACUCCACCGCAACCGACCACGCAGCCAACUACUCCACCGCAACCGACCACGCAGCCAACUACUUCACCGCAACCGACCACCCUGCCAACUACUCCAUCGAAAUCGACCACGCCGUCAACUACUACAUCGAAACCGACCUCGUUGCCUGAUGAUAAUCCAACUCAUGCGCCAAUAGUAAGUAAUUGUCCACCAAAUGGAAACGUAAAAAUACAGCAUGAAACUGACUGCAAUAAGUAUUACGUAUGUCGCGAUGGAAUGAGGUCGCCUGUAAGAAUAUGUCCAGACGCUCUGGUUUUCAACCCUAUAAUUGGUGCGUGCGACUUGAAGGAGCAUUAUCACUGUAAGUAAGAUGAAUGUAAAAGAAAAAUCUUUCUGUUAUGUUUGCUAUAGAUUUAAUUUAUAAGAAAAAAACACCCCGUCCGGUAAAAUUGCAGGAGCAUAAUAUAAAUGCUUUUACAUUUAUUAACUCUGUAUAUAAUUCUCAUAAUUAUUUUUCAUAAUAUCUAUAUUUCAGUGUA